AUGAGUUCAAGAACCGGAGACUUUAUGCUCAUGAUCUUGCUUUUCUUCCAAAUUUGUUAUGUUUUUCCAUUCACGAAUUAUUUGGACACCUCUGCUUUAAAAGCCCUGAAGGACGAAUGGAGCAGGUUUCCUGAGAGUUGGGAAGGCUCUGAUCCUUGUGGAACUAAUUGGAUUGGAAUAUCAUGUAGCAACGGCCGCGUCAUUUCAAUAUCACUAGGUAACAUUAACUUGGAAGGAAAGCUUUCUGGAAAUAUUUCAUUCCUAUCUGAACUACAGAUAUUGGAUUUGUCAUAUAAUGUUGGAUUGUCCGGACCACUUCCACCAAAUAUCGGUGACCUUAAGAAGUUGAGGAACUUGAUCCUUGUGGAAUGUAGUUUCAGUGGUCAAAUCCCUGAGUCCAUUGGAUCUCUAGAACAACUUGUGUAUCUUCAUUUUGCAAACAACAAGCUUUCAGGCGAUAUUCCAGAAAAACUCUUCAGCUCUAACAUGACUUUGAUACAUGUGCUAUUUGAUGGAAAUCGAUUCACGGGCAAAAUACCAUACAGUGUCACCCUUCUUAAAACGUUGACAGUGUUACGCCUUGAUAGGAAUAGACUAAGUGGAGACAUUCCUUCAGGACUUAAUAAUCUCACAAAUUUAGGGGCCCUUAUUCGUAGACGGACUUAUGCGUUUGGACAACAACAGAUUAAUAGGCACUAUUCCAAUUUUAAACAGCUUGAGCCGUCUUCACACAUUAAAGAUGGAAGGGAGCCAACUUAUAGGUCCAAUACCGAUGUUCCUCUUCAGCCAUAUUCAGUUGAAGACUAUCGCAAUCGGAUAAACGAAACCCUAGACUUUGGUACAAUUAAUAGUAGCCAGUUGGAGUUUGUAGAUUUACAAAACAAUGAAAUAACUGAUUAUAAACCACCAGCUAAUAAACGCUUCCAAGUAAUUUUGGCAGAUAAUCCAGUGUGCAGGAAGUGGGGAAAAGGCUUAGUUAUUGCUCAGCAAUCCCAACAAACUGUUUUAAAAUAA